CCCGGACUGUGGACAGACACUGCGCAUGCGCAAACCCUGGUCAUGUUGACGAAUGCUAAAACUGAGAAGUCAACAUGUCCACCGCUGCUGCUCAACAAAACAAUAACGAAGAGCCCGGACUUCACGGCUCUUGGGUGGAGUUGGAGUUGAACGGAAACACAGGAGCUCAAUGCGUGCACGCCAGCUUGCAAAUAUCAGCUGCUGCAGACCAAAUAAAUGCAAACGCUGGCACGAGUCAGACAUUGCAAGUAGUGCCUGAGCUAGAUGAAACCCUGAUCGGAGGACUCGAACACGUGCCGUCAUCCUCCUCCAUUCACAAUGGAGACAUGGAGAAGAUCCUCUUGGAUGCACAGCAUGAAUCCAGCCCGAGUAAUUCUUCGUGUGAAAGUCCCCACAGGCCACAGAGUCCCAACCAAGAUGAGGGUCAGAUCACUUUUGAUGUGGACAUGUCCAGUCCGAGAGGUAGUCAGUCAGAAGAAGAAGACGGAGGCACGGACAAAGACAGAGAGGAUGACAUCCUCAUGAACAAAGAAGUAGAUUGGGUUGCUGAUUGGUCCAGCAGGCCAGAAAACAUUCCACCCAAGGAAUUCCACUUUAGGCACCCCCGGCGUUCAGUAUCGCUCAGUAUGAGAAAGAGUGGCGUUAUGAAGAAAGGCGGCGUAUUCUCUGCUGAAUUCCUCAAAGUUUUCAUCCCGUCGCUUCUCAUUUCACACAUCCUCGCGCUCGGAAUCGGGGUGUACAUCGGUAAAAGACUCGCCACAGCCUCCGCCAGCUCUUACUGAGUGAGCAGUGCCUGGACGUCUUCCUGUCUUUCAAGCAGCCUGUGAUCACGUGUUUCUCUGCAGUCGUCGCGCGCGCACAUUUGCCCUCCCAAUCCAUGUUCGAUUGUGUCACAUUGUAAGUGUAUGUACACGUUGUAAUGUGGGUACUCCUCCUCAUCUUGACCCAAGGCCAUCCCAGUUGACUUGCAUCCACUCGAUUAAAAAAAAAAUAAAAUAAUAAUAAUAAUAAUCCUUUUUCCGGAUGGGAAAUAUUCAUCAUCAUGUUCCAAUAUAAAUGCAAAUUUGACAAGGGUUUGGCCUCUGUGGGUUUUAAGUUUAGGGAUGGGUCUCUCUGAAAUUUCACAAAUGUUUUGUUGUUUAAUCACAAGACAAUCUGGCCGAGUCGCCCUACUAUGUUACUCGCCAGUGUCGACGAACCAAAAUUAUGCGCCAUAUCUAAUAUAUGAAAAGUACAGGUGGUGACAGAAGGAACUUGUAAUGCCUUAACUUUCUGAGCUGAACUUUAGAGGUGCCGUUGUCGAAGGAAACUAAUAAUAAUGCUGCACACGUUUUCAGAAUAGAAGCUUGAUCAUUUUUACCUUCAGUGGUUUUCUUUUUAAAGCUUCAUGUUUUGAAGCUUAAAAUCCUAAACCUCGAUCUACCAUGUAGCCAGCAACUUUUGCAUUUUGUGGUCUUUGACUAUAUUAUGAUAGUGGAACUUGGGCCGGGCGGCAAUGUACCAGGCCAUAUGCUGUUUUUUUUUUUUUUUUUAAUUAGUGUUUUUGCUUUUAUAUACAGUAUUUCUUUUUAACACAUAUUACAGCAACAAUGGCAAAGUGUCAAAUUUAUAUCUUCUACCGCUGCACAUUUUCAUUAUAUUAUUUUUUGGAACUUCCCUGACAUGCUAUGCUAUUUAAAUGCAGAUGUGAAGAUACUUAAAGCUGUGAUCUGCUCCGUUUAGUAGAAACUCCCUGAUAUUGUAUCAAUAAUACAUCGUAUUAAUGCAUAAUAUUGUAUCAAUAAUCCAUCCUAUUCAUGCAUAAUAUAUCUGUUUAUGUUUAGUGUCAGUGGUGUGUUUUUGCUGUCAUUUACGUCACCGUUUGAGGCAGAACCCACCACUGAAUAAGUUGUUUCCACGAGCCGGAUUUCAUCUAAAUGUCACUGUCUAUCAUUUCCAGUGUGAUUUAAUAUGUACAAUCCAUGUAAACCUCCAAAAGAAAUAGUACGUAGGCAAGCAUUUACUAAUUUAAACGCAUGUAAUUUCUGUAUAUUGAUGCUUAUAAUGAUAAUGAAGAUUAAUGACUGGAUGAGUCAUUUGUCAGUGUUUUAAAAUUGAUGACAUUGUGACGUAAUGUGAAACCCAAACCUAUUGUUUUGACUGCUGUGGAAGAUUGGGUUUUUAAAACACUCAAUGUGGGUUUUCAGUGCAUUACAUAACACGUAUUAAGACCUUACUCUUAAAUAUCACUAUGGGCUUGUGUACUGUUAUUGAGACAGUGACUCGGAAUAUAACAUACAUUUCCAUGAAAGUAGUCGUAAUGACUCAAGCGUGUCUGUGAUUAUUGACAGGCUUCUGCACAGCGGGUAAGAAAGUCGAAAACAAUGGAAAUGUUGAAUUUACUUUGUACUGAAUAAAGCAUAAGUCUGGUCAUCUGGAA